GAACCGAAAUGAGAAGCAAUUUAUCAAGGGAACUAAAUCGCGUAAGACUGGAAGAUCAUCGGGGUUUAAAACUCACCAGGAAACUGUUCUCACGUAAAGGGUUCCUCUUCCAGUCAACAGGUUUUUUGUAAAAAGUUUGCAUCUUCAAGCCGCGAGAGAGAGUUGACCAGCUGCUCUCUCCAGGUGCUGAGUGCCCAAGGCAGUCCAGGACGCACCCUCCUAGCCUGGCUGGCUGAUCGCUCCUGCCCCCUGGACUUCCUGCUCCACUGCCUGAGGAAGAUUGACCACCAGGAAGCUGUGCAGUACCUCACCUGUUCAGGUAAAGCAGAAGUGAUAAAUACAAAUUUAACAGGAUGUUUAAAAGAAAUACCACUUUGUAAGUAAAGGUAUGCAUGGGAAGAACUUGUUUCCCCACAUUGUUCUUUUUAAACAAUAGCAGGAUAAUUUUGAUGUUACAAGAAAUGAUUGACACUCCUAGGUAGUGAUCUAACCAUUUAAUUUACAGGAUUAGAUAGCUCGUGUACUUUAUUUAGGAUAAAUUACAUGUUAUUUAUAAGUAAAGCCACAUGCAAAAUUUUCUCAAAACUUCUUCAUAUUUAUAUGAAAAACAAAGGGUGUGUUUAAAGACAUUAAGAGUUAUACUAAUUUUUAAACUUUGAUACAGUUUAAGUAAAAUCAGACAAUGUUGACAUGCCUGUUUUCAUACUGUGGCAGCAAAAAUAUAAUUCCUAUACACCCUGAAUUGGGUAUUUACUUCUUUGAAAAUUUCCCAGAGUUGCAGAAAAAACUCUUGGACAGUCGAAAAAUUGCUCUUGAAGCAACAUUUAUGUUGUCAUGUAGUUUUGACCCUUUGUUUCCAGCUGAUGGAUCAGGACCCAAGAGUGGGUCGCAAAGCCAUUCCAGGGUGUGCCUGGAAAAAAAAUAUGUGGCAGAAAGUCCAUGAUAUGCUUUUAUUUUGAAGGAAAUGUCUUCAUCUCUUCACCCUGUUACAUUUUUUGUUCCAUUCCAUGUCCAAACAGCCCAAUUUUACAUUAAAAAUGUUGGUUAUGAUUGGAAAAUGUAAGAAAUUUGGGUCACAAUUUGUCAUUGAGGAGGCUACUGUGGGUAAUGAUGCUAAGACAGUUGAGAACCACUGGUUGAGACAUUGUGCUCAGUUUUCUUUCAACCUUUGAUAGACUCAUUCCUUUCCUAUGUACCUUUUUUUGUAAAAUAUAUGUUUUUUUAAGCUUCAGUACUAGACAUUUGAUACUAUCAAUCAUUUAAAUCAAAGAAAAUCCAUCUCUUAAACUCUGUGGAAGUAGUGGAAAAUUUCAAAGCAAUAGUUGAGUAGUUGUUAGUGUACAAACAUGCUCAGUUUGUUUCUUGGAUUACUGCAAACCAAUUUUCAUUGUUCCAAGACUGUCAUAACUUUAAACUUGAGGAUAAUUUUUAUCAUUAUUCACAUGUUCAAGCUUGUUAAAGAACCAUGCCAUGGCUGUUUACAUUUUUCCUUUGUGUGUGUAUAGUGUUAGAGCUGAUACAGAUCACAGAGCAGCCUCAAUCCAAGCAGGCCACAGAGGGGAGCAGGGUGGUACUAACCUGCAGAGCCUCUGGUCCUCCUGGACUUGGCUACCAGUGGUUCAAAGGCAAGGAGGAGAUCUUGGAUGAGACAGGAAGAACACCAGAGCUUGUUCUGUGUCCUUUAGCUGCAGCCCACCAGGGUCACUACAUCUGUCGAGUCAGUCACGGAGAAAACUUUGUCUUCUCCCUAUGGGUUCAAGUUCGCUGCGUCCUCUCUGCAGGCUGCAGCAGCAGUUUGUUUCCAGGCUCAGUGAGUGGACUGCGGAUCACCCUUCACCCUCAGCCUCAGGCUGUGUCUGAGGGCGACACUCUUGUCCUGGAGUGCAAUGCAGAGGCUAACCCUCCUGCCCAGUAUGAGUGGUAUCACAACACGGUGGCAAUUACACAAAACAGGACACGUUCACUCAGAAUCCCGUGUGUGACUACAGCAAAUCGGGGAGAGUACAGAUGCAAAGUGUUUAAUUUGUAUCAUGAGGUGUGGAGUGAUGUGGCCACAGUCAGCAUCGGCCCUAGCUCCAUCACUGAGGCCUCCUGGGAAGAAAGCCAUCGUGGCCCAGGAGACCACAGAACCUAUAGACCAGGAGCAAACCCAUUACAACAGGCAGAUAGACCAGCUUCAUCAACCAAACAAUUCCAUGCAACAGACAAAGUUGCUCUCCUGAUUGGCAACAUGAGCUAUGCCCACCUCACUCAGCUGAGUGCUCCCAUUGCUGACGUCCACGAGUUGGCCAACCUGCUCAGACAAAUGAACUUUAAGGUGGUUUCCCUGCUCGACCUCAACUGGCAGGAGAUGCACAGUGCUGUUUCAGAGUUCCUUCUGCUGCUCGAUAAAGGAGUCUAUGGCUUACUUUAUUUUGCUGGUCAUGGUUAUGAGAACUUUGGCAACAGUUUCAUGGUCCCCAUCGAUGCACCGGGCUCCUUCACAUCAGAGCAUUGUUUGUGUGUGCAGAAUAUCCUCACCAGAAUGCAGGAGAAAGAGACAGGACUAAAUGUGUUCCUUCUGGACAUGUGCCGCAAAAGAAACCCAAACGAUGAUGUCAUUGUACUACCGGGACUGCUCAAAGUGACAGCAAAUAUUGUGUUUGGAUAUGCCACAUGUGCAGAUGCUGAGGCAUAUGAGGUGAAGACUGAAACCAUGUCAAAUGGCAUCUUCAUCAGCUUCCUCAAGCGGAGAGUUUGUGAAGAUGAGAAGGUCACAUUCAUGCUUGACAGAGUGGCCGAAGAUAUGGGUCGUUUUGAGAUCACCAGAGGGAGGCAGGCUUUGGAGCUGCGCAGUAAUCUCUCAGAAAGACGUUCCCUCACUGACCAGAUACAGGCCUCUGAGUGUUCUGCCUCACAGUCAGCUCGAAAUCUGCAAUGGGCUGUUGCUCAUGACCUACCAAAGAGCCGCUGUCUGCAGUUUGACUGUGGUGUGAAAGUGCAGCUGGGGUUUGCUGCAGAGUUCUCCAACGUCAUGGUCAUCUUCACUCGGAUACUUGAGCAGCCCAGAGAAAUAGUCUCCUGCUGUGCUCAGCUCACUGACUUCCCUGCGGAUGUUGAUGUUGAUCUGAAGAGGAGUAACCAGGAGACUCUGCUUGAAGCUGGCAGUUUAAUACUGAUUGACGAAAUUCUCCCUUCACCAGAAGUCCCCAAUCUCUACACACGUGUUCAAAGCCUUCAGAGACUCAAGAGGGAGCUUACGUUCACCGUUUGCCUCCAUUUCACCUACUCCAACAUGGAUGAGGAGGUACAAGAGAGGCAACCAGUGACCGUUGGAAAACCACUCGUCUCGAAGCUUAACUUGCAUGAACCACGACCUCCCCUCUCCUCCUCCUCCUCAUCAUGCAGCCUUGACUCCUUCAACUUUCCUGAGCGCUCUUCCCUCACAGAGGCUUUGGCCUCUGACAGUUCAUCAAACAUGUGGUCGAAUGAUGAAGCAACUGGCAUACAGUCAGAUGUCAUCAACUCUUCAUCUUUAUUCAGAGGUGCUAAUGUGCCAGAGGAGAACAACAGCUCAGAAUUUUUUGACGGACCCAAACCUCUUGUUGCCUGUAAAAGUUUGCCUCUCAGCCAAGGGAAAGAGAAAACCUACAAAUUCAGUGACAUGUGCAAUUUUCAUUCUCACUAGGAUAAUAACACUGUCUCAUUUACUUCCACCCACUGAUAAACUGGAAGUACAUGCCAUGGUACUUAUAGAAUUACAAUUUUUGUUAUAUUCUUUUACAUGAUAAUGUAUUUUCAGACUUUGCUGAUCAAGAGUAAUGCAUGCUUCCUUUAAGGAAUAAGAGCUAUCUGAAGUUAAAUA